CAGCAAGCUAAAAGCGCAGCUGCAAGAGGGCCCGUCCAUCUACAAGACCAGGCCACUCCGGCGACUGACCGGCCUGACCUUCUUUGCUUUUCAGUCUCAUCAUGGCCACAGCGCGCCAGGCAGCAGCAGCAGCCACAGCGUCGGCGCAAGUGGGUCAGCUGGCACAAGACACAGGCGCCGCAAAGGACUUUCUUGCCACCGCUGUUCCCAGUGAAGUCAGUCGGCGUGUGCGUCAAGGUGUGCGCAGUGGUAAUGGGUUCUGCUACAGGCAUAAUCCACAAAACACACAGUGUCGCUCCAAGGAAGCAAAUGAACCCUUGAUGGGGGAUAUCCAGAAGCAACUCGACCAUUUGCCUGCCGCCAAGAAGGAAGGCAUCUCUCAGAUUUGGUCCUUCUUCUCAGCUGCAAGUCAAAGUGAGCGUAAACUCAUCCUACAAGGGCUCUUGACGCAGUGCUGUUUCCCGCAACUCAGCUACAUUGCUUCAUGCACACGCGACUUGAUUCGUAUUGACUACAUCACUGCUCUACCGACUGAAGUUGGCUUCAAAAUACUCAGCUACCUUGACGCCUCCUCCCUCUGUAAAGCGGCGCAAGUCAGUAAACACUGGGCGGAUCUCGCGAAUGACGAUGUGGUAUGGCAUCGAAUGUGUGAACAACACAUUGAUCGCAAGUGUACGAAAUGCGGAUGGGGAUUACCGCUCCUGGAGCGCAAACGAUUACGAGCGACAAAACAAAAGAUUCAGCAACGUGCAGAGGAGAUCGCUGCGCGUGACGAACAAGUGACGGGGGAGAAGCGAUUAGCAGAAUCAACAGACUCUGAGAGACCUGCAAAGCUGCUCAAGUGUCAGGUUGAAUCACCUGUGGAGAUUCCAGUGUCAUUGCCACAGCUCACACGUCCUUGGAAGGCCAUCUACUGCGAACGGCAAAAGGUCGAGAGCAAUUGGCGUCGUGGAAGAUGCCAGCAACGCACCCUGCGCGGCCACACGGAUGGCGUCAUGUGCGUCCAAGCAGAUGACAGCAUCAUUGCAAGUGGAUCGUAUGACGGCAGCAUCAAGAUUUGGGAUUUGACAAGUGGCGAGUUGUUGCGAACACUGGACGGACACACACGCGGUGUCAACUGUCUUCAAUUUGACGAUGCAAAGCUGAUUAGUGGCUCCAUGGACAAGACGCUCAAGAUUUGGAAUUACCGCACCGGUGAAUGUCUCUCUACCCUACGUGGCCAUACCGAAGGUGUCUUGUCACUUCACUUUGACAAGACAGUCUUGGCAUCCGGCUCAGCAGACAAUACCAUCCGCGUUUGGAAUUUCAGCGAUGGCACGUGUACGGUCCUACGAGGUCAUCGUGGUUGGGUGAAUGCCGUGCGUGUGCAUUCUGCUUGUCAACGACUCUUUUCAGCAAGCGACGACACCACCAUCAAGAUGUGGAACCUCGAUACGCGUCAGUGUAUCCGUACACUCGAGGGGCAUGUUGGACAAGUUCAAGCCAUCUCACCGGUUCUUGAGAGUUUGGAUGCCGAGGAAGAUGACCCGUAUGGUGUUCGACAACGCUGUACGCCGCGUGAGUAUUACAGCUCGUCACUGGAUGGCACUGUCAAAUCGUGGGAUGUUGAAACGGGUCUGUGCACGCGAACCUUGUUUGGUCAUGUCGAGGGUGUUUGGUGCUUGAGUGCAGAUACCUUGCGUCUUGUGACUGGUGCACAUGACAAGACUGUCAAAGUCUGGGAUUGCAAUGAUGGUAAAUGCAUCUUGUCUCUUGCUGGCCAUUCAGGUCCCGUCAACUGUGUGCAUGUCGGUGAUGCGCGGAUUGUGAGUGGUGGCGAUGAUGGCCAAGUCCGCAUCUGGGACUUUAGUGCUUGAUGUUUUUAUGAACCUUUGAUGAUAGUCUCCUUUGCUAGCAUGCUUUAAUCCGUUU